UCAAAAGUGGAGCCCCCCCCUUUUAUUGUUCCUCUAUCUGCUAUUCGUUAUCUAAUGAAAACUAUACUGGGUUUCUAAAAAGUAAAGGAGCGAGGAUCAAAUUUUGGGGUUUGUUUUCGCAGCUUGAGGGGCUCUUUAAUUACUUUCCAAAAAAGGGCUCUUUUUUGUGGACGGAAGAGAGGGAGAUGGAGGUUAUGUAUUAUCAAAAGGUGGGGAGUUCUUACAAUGAAACUUUGAAAGUUUUGGAGUCCGAUAUACAGUAUGCAAAUGCUAUGGCUGCAGCAAUUCCGAAAGCUAAGGAUGGUGCGCAACUUAAAAUGAAAUUGGUUUACAAUCAAUUGGCGCCUCUCUUUUUGUUUUUGCUUCAAUGGAUGGAUUGUUCGUGCACGUGCUUUUUCCCUAGAUAUUUCAAUUUUUUCCACAUACUUAUUUACAAGGUAUAUACAGACGGUAGGCCGAAAAUAUCGACACGGGGAAGGAAAGCAAGUAUUAAAGACUUUUAUGCUGUCAUAUUGCCAUCACUGGAGCGACUCCAGAGUGACUUUGUAGAGCUGGGUAGUACUGGACAUGAUGAUCCUCAUCUGAAAAGCAUUGGCCAGAAGAGACUAGGAGAUGGCGGGGUUUCCAACUUUGAUUCACAAAGAGAUGAAGAAUGUGGGAUAUGCUUAGAGCCUUGCACCAAGAUGGUCUUGCCUAAUUGCUGCCAUGAAAUGUGCAUAAACUGCUACCGCAAUUGGAGUACAAGAUCGGGGUCGUGUCCAUUUUGUCGUGGUGGCAUAAGGAGAGUAGAGUCAAGAGACCUAUGGGUUCUUACAUGCAACGAUGAUGUGGUUGAUGCUGACACUGUUUCUAGAGAUGAUGUCUUGCGUUUCUACCUAUACAUCAGUAGCCUGCCUAAAGAUUCCCCUGAUGCCCUGUUCUUGAUGUAUUACGAAUACUUAAUAUGAUGUGAAAUAAAAUUGUUGUACAGAUAGAAGAAUCUGAUUUUCAAAUGUAAAUUUGGGAAAAUUCUCAAAUUGACACAGAAUAAACCACAUAUUUUCUUUAUAUGGUGAUUUUUAGGAUACCUGUAAAUUAUUAAAAGUUGAUUAUUACCAGAA